UUGGUUCACAAGCAUACGGGUCUCCAAUCCGUAUACAGUGCAGCCACGUAAGUAAGAUAACGCCGAGGUUAAGACUUUCUCUCUGCUGUCAUCUUCACUGUCAACCGAACGUCUCUCCACGGCCGUCCCUGCUGAGGGUUUAGGCGCUGAUGGCCCUGGACUCUAUCAAACCCUUGCUUUUGGAUUAAGCCAUGGGGCAUAUUAUGCUACGCGAUUUAAGUGGGGACGGAGGGCCGCCCAGUCUUAAAGAGAUGUCGAACGAAGCAGGCAGAACAGAGCCACCGGCGCAUGCCGAAGGAACGGUGCAACAGGUGCCUGCUGCCUUUGACCCACUGGCAGGAACAUGGACAAUCGCCUUGGGCAUCGGUGCUGGAGCCCUGGUAAUUCUGUUCAUCAUCUUGUUGAUAUGUCUGUACCGCUCCAAGUGCGGCAACAAAGCCAGCAAAAUGCGUGGAGACCUGACACUUGAUGACAUCAGCGGAUACACCUGCAUCGGAGACUAUAAACGAAGGGCGUCUGUUGCUGAAGUUUCGGGCGGGCCCCCGACUCGCAAGAGCUCCGUCCCAGUGAACAAUCAACUGGUUCGGUCGGUGACAGUUGGCAGUAUUCCAGAUUUCUGUCUUCCUCCGGAAAAGGUGCAACCCCCCUCCUCUGGUACCCAGCGGAAAAGCACCACAGCCCUGCAGUUUCAGCAGGGAUUAUUAUCUGGCCUUCAACUUGAACUAUACAGGUGUUCCGAUGAAGAUGACGAUUACGAUGCCCCACCCAGCCCCGCCGGCAGGAUUUGGUUUGCGUUGGUCUAUGACGCCGCCGUGGAGCAGUUGACAGUUACGUUAAACAAGGCAAAAUACUUACCAGGCCGUGCCAAGAACGCACCAAGGGAUCCGUUCGUGAAGCUGUACCUUCUCCCGGACGAACGUACCUGCCAGCAAUCCAAAGUUCGCAGAAAAACGUUGAGCCCAAAGUUUAACGAGUCGUUUGUGUUCCAGGUCCCCGCAGACAAUAUUCUAGAACGCAUUCUCCGCCUCUCAGUGUACGAUGUUGACAAGCGUCGCGUCCGCCACUCGCUAGGUCACGUUCUUCUGCCAUUAGCGGGAAUGGACUUAACCAAGAACGGAGAAAUGAUUUGGCGAGACCUGGAACCGGUCUCUCAGGCCUCGGCGUCUCUUGGUGAUUUGAACGUGUCCCUGACAUACGUCCCCAAUUUGGAGAGGAUUAAAAUCGUGGUACUGAGAGCCAGAAAUCUUUGUAAGCUGGACCUUGACCCAGAAACUGGAGUGUACGUAAAAGUCCAGCAUAUGGUGGGUCGUAAACUUAUCAAAUCCAAGAAGACGGUUGCCCAGAGAGGUACCUGUGAUCCCGUAUACAACGAGAGCUAUUCGUUCGCCGUCCCUGGGAGAGCUCUGGACAGCUCCAACUUCCAGUUUACCGUGAUGUGCACGGCACCAAGCCGGUUCAGCCAGGACAUCGAGUACGGGCGAGUAGUGGUGGGCUCUUUUAUGUUUGCCCAUGGGGAAGACCUCCUUCACUGGCAGGAGAUGAUCGCGCAGCCGCGGUCUGCUGUGGCCAAAUGGCAUGCUUUGGCGCCGCCGUAAUGGACCGGGCAAUAUGAGGCAGUCAACAGUUCUUUAUUGUUGGCCAAUAUGGGCCACCGUAAUGAAGUAGAGUUUAUUUGAUUUUAUUAGCUGUAUUUCAGAGUAGUUUCUUCGUUUCCUGUGGGUUUCAGAUUACGUUGGAAAUUACAAAAACAAACGAUUAAGCUUCUCUGAAGUUACUGAUCAUAGAGUGCCAAUUGCAAAAAUACCAAUAUCUUGAGACGGCGUUAGGCAGCACUUUAGUGCUAAUAUGUUAUCCUUGUUUUAUGGUUGUAAAUCUUUUGACCACAGCACAAUGACUAGUUUGCAAGACAAACACUGAAUAUGGGCAGAGGAAACUUUCCACCCUAAAACUGAAAUAAAAGGCCAUCACAACGAACUUUUGGGUAAAUAUCAUGUGCCUAUCCAUAGAAAUUAGAAGGCAUAACUUUGGCUAUUUUUGCAAAAAACCUCCACCUGUACGUUGUACCCCAUAUCCAGUGUCUACACGAAGGUUGUCUUGCUAAACUAAUAAUAUAUAAAAGAUUUAGAUGCAGUUACCCCUAAAACAUCAUCUUGACAGCUGGAAGAAUUUAAUUGAUCUCAUAUGUACAGAAACAAGAGGAGAGAUUUAGUGGUUGGUGGCAGCGGUAGCCUACUUUAGAAGCGUCACAAACGUUCGGUUGUGUCAAUGAAAUCAAUCUCAUAUAUAAUCGAUGAAGGUGCACUUAACCACAUUACAACAAAAAAGUUUAGACCUGUAUAUUCUAGUGGGGAAUGGGAGUGUGGCGAAAUAUAAACUGUUAUCGGUUUAAAUAGGUGAGGCAUAUAGACCAUAUACAUGUAGUGAAUCAGGGCAAGGCCUUACGCAUAUUUUAACAAACAUUUUUAGAGCCUCGUUUUAUGCCAAGCAAACGACGUCCAUCUGAAAUGCAAACGAGACCUUUCGUUAUUCAGAAUGUAUUAUUAAAUGCGUAUAAGUUUUAAACAUGCCAGGACAGAAAGCAAUAAAUAUUUUUCCGUAGACUAUAUAUCAAGAUAUAAACAAUAAAUCCGUCCACCUGAGAGUAGCAAUGCUGCAAAUAAUGCAGUAAAUGUAAUGGAGGAAUUGAGUUUAGCAGGAAGAACUAAACAAAGGUAUUCCCCGUGUUUGCAGGGCGCACAAGGGGAUAUGACGCGCUCAAAACUUGAGGACACCGAGAGGACGGGACGGGCGCUUGCUGAUACCAAAGUAGAUAAAACUGUCUUUGGGUCAACUGGAGAAAGACAUAAACCAUCUUCAAAUUAUUUGUCAGUUUAGGUAAUAUUUUUGUUGUCAUCACUUUUAUAUUCCUCAAAUGGUACUCGAGGUCUUUCUCUCUAGCUUCUUCACCUACAUACUUGUGUCAAUACUUAAGCUCAAGCGGAGUUGGAUUGAAAUAUUCGGUUCUUUUAGUAGUUCCUUUUCACUUUGUACCUGGUUAAGUUUGUAAUUCAAUUUCUGCGAAUUAUUUUGCAGUAUUAAGUUUGAACAUUUUGUCCUUUUCACCCCAUUUAUUUAUACUGAAAGUGGACAGCUCUUCGAAUGCGCAGACGAAAAGUUGACAUAUACGAAUAGGUAAAGUUGCGAACAUCACGACACCAAACUAGAGAAUCAAAAUAAGUUCCUGUUAUGCCAUUGCAACGUUUGUUAGUACUCAUUUAGCAUCAGUUAUAGAAAUAAACGGUUGUUUUCAUUAUG